AUUCUGGCAGCGGUAGUGGUGCUCUCUCUCCCUCCCACGUACCGCUUUAGCCGACAACCACAAAUCCACACAGUGACAAUCAUUCAUCUGCUUGGAACAACAACACCUCAGUGCGACCACAGAAUCCACCGGACUCUCACUUCAGCGCUCCUACUUUUCAUAGAAAAUCCGCUCUGGACUCGCAAGCGACAGCACAAUAUUGGGCAGCUACCGCGACUCGUUCUUCUCCCCUCAUCAUCUGAAUGACGGGCGGACGGUUCGACUUUGACGAUGGUGGCACAUAUUGCGGUGGCUGGGAGGAUGGGAAAGCCCAUGGACAUGGCGUCUGUACCGGGCCCAAGGGCCAAGGAGAAUACUCCGGGUCCUGGAACAAUGGUUUCGAGGUAGUGGGGGUUUACACCUGGCCCAGUGGAAACGUGUAUCAGGGCUACUGGGCACAGGGGAAACGACACGGACUCGGUGUGGAAUCGAAGGGAAGAUGGAUUUAUCGUGGCGAAUGGACUCAUGGAUUGAAAGGUAGAUACGGGGUCCGGCAAAGUCUCCACACGCCUGCCAGAUACGACGGGACGUGGAGUAAUGGUCUGCAAGAUGGAUAUGGAGUUGAAACGUAUGGUGAUGGAGGUACAUACCAGGGGCAAUGGACAGGAGGAAUGCGACACGGAUACGGUGUGAGACAAAGUGUGCCUUACGGGAUGGCUACGGUUAUUCGUUCCCCUCUCCGAACCUCGAUGGCCUCGCUUCGCAGCGAACAGAGCAAUGGCACCGUCCUCCAUGCCAACCUUGACCUGUCAGACAGCCCAGCCGGCAUUAGAGGAGGCUUUGUUCUCAACUUCCACAGUGAAGGCGAAGGUGAGAAGAAAAAGGGCCUGUUUCGUAGAGGGUCCCUGUUCGGAAGCCUCAGAAACCUCCGAAAGUCAGACUCCAGGUCGUCCAUAUCGAGCAAACGCAGCUCUGCCCCCAGUGAUGCCGCCAGCUCCAUCAGCCGAAUCAGCUCCAGUGAUGCCAACUCCACCAUCAGCUUUGGAGAUGGAGUUGAUGAGUACAUGCCCCUGGAGGACAAUGUAGAUGCCACCACCACAGAGUCCUACAUGGGGGAGUGGAAGAAUGACAAGCGGAACGGCUUUGGUGUCAGCGAGCGCACCAACGGGAUGAAGUAUGAGGGUGAGUGGAUGAACAACAAACGCCAUGGCUAUGGAUGCACAAUGUUCCCAGACGGCAUCAAAGAAGAGGGGAAGUAUAAAAACAAUGUGUUGGCGCGAGGCAUCAAGAAGCAGCUCAUUCCUCUCAAAAACACCAAAACUAAACAGAAAGUGGAUCGGGCUGUGGAAGGAGCCAUACGGGCAGCAGCUAUUGCCAGAACAAAAGUAGAAAUAGCCACAUCAAGAACAGCUCACGCCAGGACUAAAGGCGAUGCUGCUGACCAGGCCGGUCAGUCAGCCAGUCAGGACUCUGACAUCGCCAGGGCAGUGGCCAGGGAACUGUCCCCCAACUUCCAUCAGCCAGGCCCUGAUUAUAUAAAGCAGAGGUUCAACGAACCGAUUGAACCUAUUGUUCAAGAGGAGAAGAAAGAAAAGACCCCUUCAAGUAGCCCACAUUUUUACCGUAAAGGCACAACCCCAGACAACUCUCCCACCGCGACUCCACAGUCCUCUCCCCCACCAACACCCCCGUCAACACAUACCCCGGAGCCCAAGAAGAGCUUCUUCAGCAAGCUCGCCCCCAAGCCUGGGAAAGAGAACAAGACCCCUGCAGCAGAGAGCCAGCUCCCGGUCAUAACAAAGGCAGUGUCUAAGACAUCGUUGAAACAGGAAGUAAGACAGGAAUUGCCUCAACCGAAACCGUUCAAAAUGGAGGAGUCGGUCCCCGCCAGCCCUGGCAAUGGACAGCUGCACACUGACACAGAGUACCACGGCUACUACGUGAAGGCAGACGUGAAGCUCCCUCAAGACGAACCUGAGGACAUAGAUGAGCAUGUUACCCCGUCCGCCCUCACCCGGAUGCCACCGCCAGCAAAACCUAUGGCGCAGUACAGGACACCCACCCCAAAACCUAUAGCGCCAAAGUCGGUAUCCAAGGAAAGCAAACCUGAAUCAAGACUUAAGAAACAAGAUUCGUAUAAGCCAAGAAGUCUAGCAGAAACUAGGAAACAAGCCAGCUUGGAGAUCACCACGGAUUUCGUAGAGGAAGAGUCAGGUCCAAACUCAAUACUGGUUGCCCUUGUAAUGCUGUUGAAUAUUGGUCUAGCAAUUAUUUUUGUCCAUUUUUUAACCUGACGGAAUCUGAACUGAGGGAACUCAUCAAAACUAGUGGCGCAGGCCCCUAUCUCUGCAGUUGCGUCAAUGGCCUUUAAAAAUGGCGCCGGUCAGGCACAGACACAGGCAAAGAAGGACUGGAAAUAGAGUGAAACACCGGAGAAAGAUGAGAACAGGACCAUUCGGUCCCGACGCUGCCCCGUUUUGCUGGCGAUGAUUUGUGACACGCUUAGGUUCUGUGAAAUCUGAAGCAAGCAAUCAUUGCGAAAGCAAAAAGAAAUAUCUGCUGAUCCAAGCUGUUACCAGUCAAGUGCGUUGCCUCUCCAUCUGCCCUGUCAGGAGGAAUGUGGAAGGGGGUGGGAGAGGGAGGGCUUGACAGGAUAUGUUCGGAGAUGCACUUUUAGUUGACGGAAGAUAACAGCUGCCUUACUAUUUUACCAUCUGACGUUUUAGUGGGUAGAGGCAGUGCACAAGGCUGCCAGAGGAAUGUGUUUCGGCAGGCUUUGCUGCCGUGGGAGUGUGUCUCUGUAUUUGCUAUAAUAUUCACUUGGUACAUAAGAUUUUUUAUUUAUUUUUUAUGUCGCACUCACCAGUCUUAUUCCAUUCCCCAGCCUUAUCUAACUUCUCCUUUUGGGACAUGCUUGUGCGUGGGCCGUUUCAAGUGCAUUUGUGUUGUGUAUUUGUUAGUAACUGUUCGUUUUUUCAUGUCUUCUUUCCUUUGUUUAACCUUAGGUAUUACAAAUUAUUAAGAGAGCGUUUUAUUUAUUUAAGUCUAGUCCAUGCAUUUCUCAAACUUUUUUAAAGAUCCUUCAAAUCCAAAAGCAAUUUCCCUAACGCCUAUGCUACACAAAGCAGUUCUCAUUUGAAAGACAUUGAAAUGUUUAAUUCCAGUUAUUUCUACAAUGUCAAAUUUGAGAGUAAUGUAUAUGAAAUUGAAGCAUUUUAGCAGUAUACAAACACAGAUUGUGCAUUAACUUUUGACUAAACAGCUUGUUUUUUACUAACCAGCUAUUUAUUGGCUGGCUGCAUGUAACACAAAUGUAUGAGGUUACAUAGUUAAUCAACACUGAUUUGUGAUUGAAAAAAAUGGACAUUUAUUUUCUGAUUAAGGGCUAACUGGUGAUAUGGAAUAACUUUCCUCCUGAUUCAACUUGUAUCUAUCUUUAACCAGCCACUGAUACGGUUUGUUAACAUAGCUAGUCAUUGUUCUUUCUGCACACUGACCCUAUAUUGCAUCAAAUUAGUUGUUUGUAAUUUGAUUGAUUUUAACAUAAAAAGCAAAAGGGCUGUAGUUUUGGAAGUGGGUUGCACUUCGUUAGAUAUUUUUAUUUUUUCAUUGUGCAAUCAAGAAUCAAUGUCCCCAAAAAAUUGUGGUCUAAAUUGUUUUGUGAGAUGAAGGCUUAAUGGUUAAUUUUGCAAUUGUACAUUGUCAAAUGGAGGCAUAAUGACUUGACUUCUUCUUCUUUUGUUCAAAUGUGUAGCAAAUAUGGCGUCCGACAUUGAUUUAUUGACACAUGAAUAUGACAUAUACAGUAGGUUGGCGCAGGAAGAGAAUACAUUAGAAUAACGUGAUUAGUUUGGUUUGAAAAUAUGCAAUUGUGUCUUGUAGAAUAUUGUUGAGGAGUUGUUUGAUUUAGUCAUAUAUGAGUAAACUAUUUGUGCAUGGGUUGGUUAGUUGAUGAAUGUCACAUUUGUUGCUUAAUAUUUGAGUCUUUUAAUUUGGCUGAGCCAACACCCCAACAACACUGGACCUCAUACUAACUAACUUGCACCGUUGUGAAAGCAGUCCAAUGUUCAGAGCCCCUCUCUGCAAUUACACCUUGUUAUGUGUGUUGAAUACAUUCAGAUAGAGUAAAUGGUUGGCUAAAUGUUGAGAUGAGUAUCUGUGAGGACUGUUAGAACAUUAGAAUGUUCCAGUUUACUUUGGGGAAGACAGAGGAAGGGUCUUAAAUAUGAAAGUCUAAUUACUGUAUUUUGUCGUCAAUAUAUUAUUAAUAUUAUUUCGUGCCUAGUUAGCUAAGCAUGAAGAUUUAUUUUUAUUUUUGGAAUAAUAAAUGUAAUUUUUUUCUCAAUUAAAGUUGAAUAAAUAGAAUGAAAUGUAUUAUAUUUAUAAAAACAUACAUUUUGGAUAACAUGUUGACAGGUGUAGGAGAUGCAUUUUCACUGGUUAUGGUAACAUUUUCAUUGCAGCAAUGCUAAGAGUAUGGUAUGAGGAGUUGAAGGAUGUGUUAGUUGGAUUUCAGGGCAGUAACAUUGCGAUGUUUUACAGAGGUUUGGUCAUAGAUUGCCACAGAGAGUAUGUGAGAUGGGAAGAAGAAAGCAUCCGAAGGGAAAAUGGCUCCAGAUGUGUUUAUUACUACUUCUCUGAAUGUAAAGUCAUAAAGAACAUUUAGAGCACAUCGUUAAAGAGAACAGGCAACGUUCAAAGUUGAAAGUACCACGAUGAAUGAUCAAUAAUGUAUUUAUCUUGUCUAAACUGUAUUUGCACACAGCUAUGUAUAAGGCUAUUUUCUACUAAUUGUACCUGAUGCUCCAUACAUUUUUUUUGCCCAAAAUGACGAGCUGUUGUUACUUUUUAAAGGCAAAGUAAGUAUUUUGUAGGUGUGAUUGUAUUUUUCUAAAAUGUGUUUUGGAAAACUAGUCUGUAAACUUUUGGAAAAAUGUAACUUACCAUUUGAUAGAUAUUUUUAAUUCGUGAUUUUAAUAUCAAUUCAAUAUUUAUGAACUUUUGCCAGGCUUACAAAGAAUAUCACUGAAUAUAAAAUAAACAACAAGAAGCUAUAUUGGACGACGAGUUUUGAUAUUUAUGAUCUUCUGACUACAAUGAUUUUAAUGGAUUUUGGGGCAAUUGUUCUCCCCCAUUAAAAAUUAAAAUAACGUUUACAUCA